AUGAAAAAUAUUAUUAUAUUAAAAUAUAUUAUAAAAAGUUCUAAUUCAUUAAUAAUUAAAUUUUAUAAUUGCUAUUAUUUAUUAUUGAUUUUUAUACUAUUUAAUUUUUUUAUUGUAAAAAGUUCAUCUGUCAUUUUGUCUGGGUCCCCAGAUUCAUAUGCAAGAUUUCCUAAAUGGGCACAAACAUUUGAAAAUACAUUAACUUUUGAAUUUAAAACACAUCAAAAAGAUGCUCUUUUAUUUUAUACAGAUGAUGGAAAUAUUCAAGGAAAUUUUUAUUGCCUUAGUAUAUCAGAUUCAAAAUUACAACUUGAUUUUAGGAUAGGAGAUGAUACGGUAGAAGAAAAUUUGGUACGAAAUGUAUUUUCAAUACGUAUUGAUGAUGUUAAUGUUAAUGAUAACAAAUGGCACAAAUUUACACUAUUUCAGGGAUGGGAGAAUGUAAAAAUUCAAGUUGAUGAUGUUGCUGUUUUUAAAACAGUAACUCAACGAAGUUUUAUUUUUGGUAAUCUUCGUACAAAUUCAGAUGUCUUUAUUGGUGGUAUACCAAAGGAUAUAAAUCUUUUACAAACUAUGAGCUCACCCUUAAGAAGAUAUACAAAAAGAUUUUCUGGUAGUGUAAAAAAUUUAAUCUAUAGAUUGUAUCCACAAGGUAUUUCAUCUCCACAAUUAAUUGAUUCAAAAGGUACCAGACAUACAGAUGAUGAUUAUUGUACAUAUAAAGAUAUAUCAAAAUAUCCAAAAACAUUUUCAAAUAAAAAUAAAAAUUUUUAUGAAAAAUAUUGUUUAAAUGAUGGGCGUUGUUAUAGUACAAAUGAAGGAUCAAAAUGUGAUUGUGCAUUUACUAAUCAUGAAGGAUCUAGAUGUGAAAAAGAAAAAAAAACAACACAACUUUCAUUUUUUGGAAAUGAAUGGCUUGGAUAUGAUGUUACAAAAAAUAUCUCUGCAAUAACAAAUUCAAAAUGGGAAAAUGUUACAUUUAAUUUUAAAACAACCCGUCCAAAUUGUAUAAUGUUUUCCUCAGGUGAUAAUAUGAAUAAUAUGGAAAUUCAUCUUAAGAAUGGUGUUGUAUUUGUGUAUAGUCAAUUUUAUGGUUCUGAUCAAAGGGUAAUACGAAUAUUUAAUAAAAAAAAAAGUCUUAGAUUUGAUGAUGGUGAGUGGCAUUCAUUAAAUCUUUAUAGAGAUUUAAUAAAACUUAAAUUGACAGUUGAUGAGUAUAGUGAUGAAAUAAAACAAAAUUUUGAAAAUAAAGAAUAUUUAGGAAAUGGAUAUAUAUUUAUUGGUGGAAUACCAAAUAUUUAUAAUAAUAAAAUAACUAACUCAUCUCUAUUUUUCAAAGGAUGUAUGUCCAUUUUAAAAUAUGAAGCAAAUUCCCAAUUGUUUGAUAUGAUAGAAUUGUCAGAUGAGGGUUUCAGUAAAUCUGUCAUUAGAACAGAAGGAGAGUUAAGUUAUUUUUGUUCUGAUAAUCCUGUUAUACCGGAUGUUAUUUCAUUUAUAUCAGGGAAAGGAUAUAUUUCAUUACCAAAAUGGAAUUCAUUGUCCACAGGAAGUUUGGCAUUUCAAUUCAAAACAAAUACUGAAGAUGGUUUAAUUCUUUAUCAUGGAAUGCCAUUUAUUGAAAAUACUCAUUUUGAUUUUAUUGCAUUUGAGAUAGUUGAUGGUUAUUUAUGGAUGAUAUUAAAUUUAGGUUCUGGAAUUAUAAGACUUCAAUCUAGUCCUAAACGUUUAGAUGAUGGAGAAAAUUGGCAUAGUGUUGAAAUGGAACGUCUUGGUAGAACAGGAUCAAUUAUUGUUGAUGGACAAAAAACAGACUUUAGUACACCAGGAGUUUCUGCUAAUUUAAUUAUUGAUGAACCAAUAUAUUUAGGAGGGGCACCAUUUUAUCAAAAUACAUAUAAUUAUUCUAAUAAAUCUUAUAUAAGAUUUUCAGAAAAAGUAUGGAACGGAAAUAUGGGAAAAGGUUUUAUUGGAUGUAUAAAAAAUUUUCGCCUUAAUGGAAUAAAUGUUAAAAUUUCAUUGGCUGUUGAAAACAAUGAAAUGUUAAAUUCAGUUAAUCAUGUUAAAUUAGGAUGUAACAACAAAAUAAUAGAUUCUCAAAUAUCUUGUCAACAAAAAAAUUGUUUUAAAACAUCCAAAUUUUUUAGUUUUAAUAAUUUAUCUGGUAAAGAACAAAAAGCUUUACUAUUAAUUUUGCCCUAUCAAAUUUCAUCUGAAGCGGAAACGUAUUCUGCACUUAUAAAAACAGAGCAUAAGAAUGGUGUACUUUUUGAUACUUUAUCAUCAAUUCCUAAUUACCAAGGAGGAGUUAGUUUAUCUUUAGUUAAUGGAGAGCUAACAUUAAAAUAUCAGUUAUCAAAUGAAACUUCACGCAUUUUUAAUUGGGGGCCUAAAAUUUUAAAUGACAACAAAUGGCAUUUAGUUAGUUUUCAAAGAAGAGGUGCUAAGCUAAUGUUAUACCUUGAUAAAAAACUUGAAAAAAGUUAUUAUAUUUCUAUAAAUAAUUUAGAUUACUGUAUAUUAAUUAAAAAAGCUUCUUUUGGUUAUUCUCUACAUCCAGAUAAUAAAUCUAUUGAAAUGAUUAAAGAAGAUCAAUUUAAAGGUGAUGUUGCAGAUGUUUAUUUUAAUGGUUAUAAUAUGCUUGAUAAAAUAUCAAAUUUAGAUGAAGAUUUACCAGGAAUACAAUAUAAAGAUGAAUCUGAUGAUAAACCAAAUGAGAUAAAAAAAUAUAAAUCUCAUUCAAUAACAUUUUCAGAAAUUCCUGGUUAUGUAAUGUUUCAUAAAGAAACAUUUUUAAAAUCAUCACAAAAUGGAGGAAAAUUAUCAUUUCGUUUUCGUACACUUCAAAAAAGAUGUUUAUUAUUAUUAGUUGAAAGAGAAACUCCUAUUAUUUCUGAAAAAUUUGUUAUUUUUGAAUUAAUAAAUGGAAAAAUAUAUAUAAGUCAUCCACAGAGAGGAAAAUAUACAACAUCAAUAAGUGGAAAUUUAAACUCUAAUACUAAUUUAAAUGAUUUAAAAUGGCAUAAUAUUUUAGUUUUAAAAGAUAAUGAUAGAAAUAUGUAUUCAUUAACAAUUGAUAAUUAUACAUCAAUAUUACCUUUAUCUGAUGAUAUGCUUUUUCCAUCAUCAGGAAAUUUUUAUUUUGGUGGUGUACCAAAAAAUAUUCAACUUCCAGAAUUAUUAGAAGGAAUUCCAAAUUUUAGAGGAUGUAUGGGUAAUUUACGUGUUGGAAAAGAAUAUUUCUCAUUUUUAACAGAUUCUCAAGAUGCAAAAAAUAUUAUCCGUGGAUGUGAGAUACCAUCCAUUAAAUGUGAAUUAGAUAGCUGCAAAAAUAAUGGGAUUUGUACACAGACAUGGACAGAUAUAUCCUGUGACUGCAAGAGAACAACAUUUACUGGAAAUAGAUGUGAAAAAUUAAGUACCACAUACAUUCUUGAUAGUAAAUCAUCUAUCAUUUUUACAUAUCAAAAUAAUUCUAAACCAUCUACAAUACAUGAUGAAUUGUCAAUUGGUUUUCAGACACACUCAUUAUCAGGUACAAUAUUUUCUAUUUUUUGUACCUCAAAAACAAAUAAUUAUUUAAUAUUAUAUCUAUCAUCUGGUAGAAUAAAUUUAAAAUAUAAUUUAGGAUUAAAAGAUCAUAAUAUAAUUUUAAAUUAUACAAAUUUAAUUAAUAAUGGAAAAUAUCAUAUUUUACAUAUGGAUAGAAAUUAUGACAAUAUUUCUUUUAAACUUAAUAAUAUGAAAACAAUAACAUAUAAAAUGUUAGCAGAUAAUAAUUUACUUUCAUUACAUGAAAUUGAUAGUAUAGUUAUUGGAAAUGUUCAAAAAUAUUUUAACAUUAUUAAAAAUAGAAAAAAUAAUUUAAGGAAACGUCAUCUAAUAGACAAUGGUAUCAGGGGAAAAGUAUCUGGUGUUUAUUUUAAUUCUCUAAAACCUUUAGAUUUAUUUUCAAUAGGGCAUUCUCAAACUUUUUAUACUGGGACACCUAAUUUAGUUUAUCAAACUGUUGAUGUAAAAACUAAUGGUUUAAAUAUUACAAAUGAUUAUAAAGAAAACAUAUCUAAAAGUCAAAUUAACAAUUCAGAAAUUAAUGAAAUGAAUUCUUCAAUACAACAGGAUACAGACAACUUGAUAACAGGUGUUGCAGAUGCUUGUCUUUCAUUAAAUGAUUUUCAUGAUAGCUGUUUUACUGAGUAUUUUGAUAGUGACGAUUUUAUUACACCUGUAUAUCAACAUAAACAAGAUAAAUCUUCUUCAGAAAAUUUUUAUACAACAUCAUCUGGUAAAUACUCCAGAAAAGGAAAACACAAAUUAAAGACAACAACUUUAGAUCCUCAAAUUUUUAACAUAGAUUUAAGCUCUAAAGAAAAAUUUAACAAAAAAAUUACAAAUAUUGAUCCUGAUACAAAAAGUAAUAAAAAAUUAAUUGAAAAAAAUUUUUUAUCAACAAUAAAACCAACUAUUGAUAGUACAGAAAAAACAAUGAUUGAUGAUACAAUUAGUAUUGAAAUUGAUGUUCCAAAUGAUUCUAAUAAUGAUGAUGAUUAUUCUGAAAGAUGGUGGUCAGAUAUUGGUGCACCAACAUUUCAUUUUAUAAGCCAUACCACAACAACAUCUCCACCACCUAUUAUAAAAGACAACCAACCAAUGACAACUUCUUUACCAAACAUUUUUCAAAAUAAUUAUAAAAAAUUACAAAUGACAAGUACUAAUAAAGAACCUUAUCAACUAAUAAAGAAUUUAACACCAACAAAUUCACCAUUCUCAAAAUUCACUACUAAGUCAUCUUUAUCCAUAACCAAAGCUUUUGCUACUUUAGCAACAACUGUUUUAAAUAUUCAAACUACAACUUUUCAACCAAUUACAAGUACACCCUAUAUCUAUUCAAAUACUAAUAAUCCAUUAACUACAACUAUAUAUGCUGUACGACCAACAACACCAUUAGGAUCAACAUUAUCUGGUACAAUGAAUGGAUCAAAAAAUGCUACAGGACAACAAGAUUUUCCCCGUACAGCUUUAAUUUCAAUUGCUUCAAUAUCUGUUAUAUUUAUAAUUGCAAUUGUUGUAUUUUGUGUCUUUAGAUGUCGGCAGGCUGCUCCUGGAUCAGAACAUUAUCCUGUAUAUGUAAAUGGACAUAAACCACCAGGAAUACUUUCUGUGGGUGGUUACACACCAGUACCAACAGAUAUGUCUCCACAAAUGAUGCAACAUUCUCAUUAUGAUGGUGGUGUUAUAAUGCCAAAUAAACAACAUACUAUGUUUACUUCCGACUCUAAUGUAUUGGCAAAUUGUCCCAAUGGACAUAAUCAUAUAAAUGUUGGAACUACAAUAAAACCUAAUUUAAAUAAUGUUUCAUUGACAAAUGGGAUAAAUCCUUGUCAAAAUUCAUAUGGAUUAUCUAAUUCUGCAUGUAUGUCUGCAACAUUACCCAAUAAAUCAAAUUCAAUGUUACAUCGUCAGUAUGAUGAUAAUGCUUUGCUAAAUAAUAUUCCGCAUAUAAAUGGACAAUUAUAUCACACUAUUGGAAGAAAUGGACUAAUGACUUCAAGUUUAAAUAAAACAAAUGGAAUGUCAACGUUAGAAACAAAAAAACGGGCUUUCAAAGAAUGGUAUGUAUAA